CAAGGGUGACCCGAGCCACGGCGGUCGGUUGAGGGGACUGGGGUGGUGGGGGACGGGAUGGAGCCAAGCCAGAUGGAAAAGAAGGUUUCGGAGCUUAGUCAGUCUCAGCGAACCAAAAUUCAUUCGCUGCUCACAGUCCCUUUUCUUCGCACCAGCGACACCCGGGCUAACGACAAUGUGGCCGAAACAAGAAACUUGGACUCCAUCUCUCAGGCGUCUUCCUCUCGGCAAUCCUCGAUGAGGACUGAUUUAUCUAGGGAUGGGAGCAAGGAGGGUACAGGCCGAAAGCUGUUGAACAUGCUGAGGAAAACGCUUAAAGGAAGUGAGAGUAAGGACUUGGAAGUGGUACAGGACAUGCCAGCUUUGGUUCCAUUUGGUGAUGUGGUUGGCUGCCUAGCUGUUCAUAUAAGGAGAUGCAGACAUUUUUCACCGAGGAUCAACUUACAGCGUUUCACAAAUGUGUUUAUUCGCAUCACGGUAAACAAGAUCAUGAAAUACACUAAAGCUCAUUCCUUGAAUUGUAAGAAUAAUGAGAAGAGACCUGGAAUUAAGUUUGAAGAAGUGAAAUACUUCUCUGUACAGGUUCCGAGACGUCAAGAUGAUGGAAGGAAUAUGAUUUAUUUGGAACUAAUGAAAUUUGAUCAUUUGGAAGCAUAUCCUGCAGUGUUGGGAAGUUUUAGCUUACAUCUUUAUGAAGUAAUUCAGAAGGGAUGCUUCACAGAAGAAUUUCUUAUGAAGAUUAGAAACCUGGUUGUCUGCAAGGUUGAAGUAGAAUUUAUGUUUUCCUAUGGAAACUUUGGUUAUGGCUUUUCACAUCAGUUAAAACCACUUCAGAAGUUGAUUCAGCCAUCCAUGUUUAUGCAUGUCCCCCCACCUGUGGAAAGAACAGACCCUCUAACAAAUGUUAUCACACCACAACUAAUAGAAUAUCCAGCGUUCCUAUCCCCAGACUUGAAUGUUACUGUUGGAACACAACCAAAACAGACUCAUUCAUCAUCUCCCAUCCGACUUGAAAAACUUCAGCAACAACCUCGAGACAGGCUUGACAGAAUGAAGAAAGAGUACAGAAAUUUGAAAACAUGGGAAGAAAAAUCUAAGUAUUUAGACCAAAUUCUUCGCAUGAAAUCAGAACUGAAAGAAUUUCCUGACUCUAAUGAUGUUGAUGGCAAUGAAGUGUUUGUAAAGUAUGAUCCUCCAUCUCUAGCAAGUUUCUCUCAGCCACCAGAAUUCUCAUUAAAAAAGCAAGAGGAUAAACCUCUUCCAUCUGAGUUUCCUGUCAAAAUGCCUGAAGCUAAGAAGAGCCUGGCAGAAAUGAGAGAGGAGCCUCCAGAUCUUCUUCAAGAAGGUGUUGAAACAAAAAAUGAAAGCCUUCCUCUUGAGCGAACUACCCCUUUACCUCCUGUUUCAUUAAGAGAAAAAGAAAUCUGUGUAGAAUCUAUAGAGGGAAGAGAUGAUGAAUUUGAAAACACUAGACUUAAAGGAGAAACGUCAGGAAGAUGGACCACAGAUUCAACUUCACCAGAAGUAAAGCCAACGCAGAGCCAUCCACCAGGAAGAAGAAACUUCAUUCAAUCAGAAACAAAGUUGAAAAGUAUCAUUUUAAGCCCAUUUAAAAAAAAGUGCACAGAUGAACUUGAAAUAGAAACAAAAAGGCAAACUUUAAAGCAAGAAAACAAAAUGAGUUCAGAACUUCUUCAGGAUCUAAAAGAGGACACGGAAACAGUUGCAAGGAUGCAUCUUUCUCGACAUGUUUCCUUUAAUGUUUUGCAAGAAGCUACAGAAUUAUCCUGGAGUGAAGAUCUGCUAAAAGAAGAUAAGUUUGAAGAAGAUACUUACUCGGAUGAAGCUAAUGAGGGUGAAGAAAAGGAAAAGUACAAGGAGGGAAUAGGUGAGAGGAAUAAAGCAGAGGAAGAAAAGAGUGGGAACACCAACUAUCGUGGCUUACAGGGAACUUGGACUUGGAGGAGCACCCAGUAGACACCAGCCAGGAUUCUUCAAAUAAUAAAAAGGAAGAUUUGCAUUUGACCAUCUAAGCAUCUUGAAAACGCAAAAGCAAAAGGCUAAGUUUGACUUGGGAAGAAGCCCAGAUGAUAACUAAUACCCAUUUAAAAACCUUGCAAGACCAAAUACUGCUCCAGAGUUUAAUAAAUGAAUGAACUCACAUAAAUCAUCAACAUUUCUGUAUAUUGCCAACAAAAUCCAGCAGCAAGAGCUGGGAAAACAAAUUACAUUUGAAAUAACUGUCAACAACAUCAAAUACUUGAAAGACUACCUACCAAAAAAAUCCUCAGGAACAGUAUGAACACAAUUGCAAAGCACUUCACACAAAUAAAAUCAGAUUUAAACAACUGGGAAAACAUAUUGCGCAUGGGUGAGCUAAGCCAAAACAAUAAAAGUGACAAUUCUACCUAAAUUAAUUUACUUACUCAGUGCCAUACCAAACUACCAAAAAUUAUUUUAUAGAAAUAGAAAAUAAUAACAAAAUUUAUCUGGAAGAAUAAAAGGUUAAGAAUAUCAAGGGAAUUAAUGGAAAAAAGUGUGAAGGAAAAGGGCCUAGCCAUACUAGAUCUCAAAUUGUAUUAUAAAGUGGUAAUCAUCAGAGUUUAACAAAAGAUUGAAAGAAAGCCUUAGGAAAUUUACAAUCCCGUGAGUGAUUUCAGUAGGCUUAUUUUGUGUAUAAUCAGAAAAAAGACCUAGAAGUCUUGAAAAAGUUCAAUCAUUUGUCAUAUUCUACAGUUGUUAAACAGUUCAUAUGUGAAACAGAAGUAUGAGGAUGGUAUGAAGUAUAUCAUGAAUCUCCUUACUAAUGAAAUUGUAUAUGGGUCAGUCCUCUUAGCAGUUCACUACAAAAUUUCAUCUUGUUAGAGUUAUUUUCACUGAAACACAAAAUAUUUAUGA